AUGAGGCUGGAUAAUAUUCUUGACUGCAUUGGAUGCAAAGAACUCAAGAUUCGUAUCUUAGUUUUGCCAGUUUUGAUCUUUUUUAUCCUUGGAGAUCUAUCAACAGAAAUAGUAGCACGCAAGCAACACAAGCGCCAUCCUGGCAAAAAUUUAUACAUAAGGAGGCCUGGACAUCACAAAAGUCACCAGCGGUCGAAAGGAAGAUUAAAGCCACAUCGUAAAUAUUACUCUAACACCUGGGCGGUGCAUUUCCAUCCACCACAUCGAGACAUAGCAGAAAGAAUAACCAAAAAGCAUGGAUUUGAAAUACUAGGCCAGAUAGGAAGUUUACAAGGACAUUAUCAUAUUAAACACAAUGAUGUAGAAGAGUCAGCGAAAGCAAAGUCUAAAGAAAAGACAGAUCUUCUUCGACUUGAAGAAGAGGUAAAAUGGGUUGAACAGCAGGAAAUCUUAGACCGUUUUAAAAGAGAUGGCAUCCCUACGGAUCCUGAAUUCGAUAACAUGUGGUAUUUGCUUAAUACAGGACAGGCGACCGGUCCCGCAGGGGUGGACAUCAAUGUAGCCCCUGUAUGGAAGAAGAACAUCACUGGAAACGGAGUUGUAAUUGCAGUUUGUGACGACGGCGUUGAUUACACGCAUCCGGACCUUGCGGCAAAUUAUGACAAACGCGCCAGUAUCGAUUUGAACGAUAACGAUGAUGACCCUCGGCCAAGAGAUAGUGAUCCAGAUAAUUGUCACGGCACACGCUGCGCAGGAGAAGUAGCGGCUGUAGCGAACAAUGGCAUUUGCGGUGCAGGUGUGGCAUACAACGCCAAAAUUGGAGGAGUCCGUAUGCUUGAUGGCCAAGCAACCGAUGCUUUAGAGGCGAGAGCACUUGGUUUCAAAUCAGACUAUGUUGAUAUCUAUAUAAACUGCUGGGGACCAAAGGAUGAUGGGAAGACUUUCGGAAAACCAGGGCCUAUCGCUGCGAGAGCACUCAAGGAAGGAGCAGAAAAUGGUCGAAAUGGACUAGGCUCAAUAUUCAUUUGGGCGACAGGAAAUGGCGGCCUAACUGACGACGACUGCAAUUGUGAUGGCUACACAACCAGUAUUUACACCAUUUCGAUUGGAUGCAUUGGAGAUCAUGGUCUAUCUGCAUAUUAUACUGAGAAAUGCUCCUCCACGCUAGCUGUCACCUUCAAUGGAGCGUCCCACAAAGAAGGGAAAGAAAAUAAAAUGAUCACAACCGAUUUGUACCAUCAAUGUACGGAGGAGUUUAAAGGGACAUCUGCUUCUGCUCCAUUGGCUGCUGGUAUCAUUGCUCUUGCUUUGGAAGCCAAUCCAAGGUUAACGUGGAGAGACAUGCAGCAUUUGAUUGUAAACACAGCGCAGAUCACGUCACCGGUUGACGAUGGGUGGAUGAAGAACGGCGCAGGAUUUCAUUUCAAUCACAAGUUUGGUUUUGGCAGGCUUGAUGCCGAUGCCUUGGUUGAGGCUGCAAAGAUCUGGCAAAAUGUUCCAGAGCAGAGAACGUGCACAGCCUAUUCGAGCUUCGAACCACAAGACAUUCCACAUGGUAACUCUCUCUACAUAAACAUCCCUACAUGUGCGUGCAAAGGAAUUCCAAACGCUGAGAUCACAAAACUCGAGCAUGUUGUCUUGACCGUCAGUUUUGUGCAUAAGCGACGCGGGCAAGUGAGCAUCGACCUGUACUCGCCCGCGAAAACACGCAGCCAGAUGCUGAGCACACGCAAAUAUGACGACUCGGACGAAGGCCUUGACGAGUGGAAUUUUAUGACGGUUCACAAGUGGGGAGAGAAUCCACGUGGUGUAUGGCAGCUUAAAAUAACAGAUAACAACAACCUGGAGCAGAAUGACAUAUUAAGCCAGGAAGAAACUGAUGUAGAGGACCUUGAAGAGAAGGUAAUCGAUGAGAAAACAAAAGCAAACAAAAGCAAGUGGAAACUGAUGAGAGAACAGAAUCCACACUUUGACGUACAAUAUCCUGCUGGAGUGCGCAGAGACCAUGUAAUGCAUCAGGACUAUGAGAUGAUGGACGGCGGGGUAAGCACCCCAGUUUACAACCCACAGCUACCAGAUUACCCUGCAAGUUACCGCAGCUCGAUUGCUAGGCCAGACGAGUAUAUAGAUACUCCCGCAGGAGUCAUCAUCGAGGGUCCAGAAGAGGCUUAUGCUACGAUGGAGGAAACUGAAAAUGCUCAUUUCCGUCCUGGCAAGGAGGCUCGUUUUAGAAGAGAGACAGAGGCACGUGGUUUUGAAGUCAAAAGAGAUGGUGUGAUCAACGAAUACGAUGCUAGGCAGUUCGAGAAAGCGGCCAAGAGUCGAUAUGCAAGUGAAGGGCCAAAAGAGCGAGUGAAGAAAAGCAUGUUCGAGAGUGUUAAUCCAUUUUAUUCCAAUAAUGCAUUUAAAAAGGUUCAGGUUACUGAAGAAGAGACAGGGACACAAAGAGUACAGGUAAACGCUGGAUACGAGAAUCCUAAGAUCACGUGUGUAAGUGGGUAUAAUUCAUGUUCGGGAGUGUUGCUAAAAUUCGUUCUAACGUUGCACGGUACAAACGAACUGAACACAGCACAGCGUGGGAUGCCGUGCACGUUUUAAAAGAACGAAGAUUUGAAAAUUACAGUGCAUCCUUACAAGGAUAGCUGAAUUUGUAUUUAAAAUUCGUUAUAGGAUCAAUGGUAGUUUAAGAAUUGUUAGCACCCUUUCAUUUAAAGUUAACGAACUAGCAGUAGUAGAACAAUGACUUUUAAUACAGUUCAAGUAAUGGAAAACCACAUGGCGUUGCUAUAGAAAUAGAUGCAGCAGUCCCAAAUCGUAAUUUAAUAAAUAUGCUAAGGUGGGCUCAGGUCUUAUAUUUUCGAAUCGAAAUCAAAAUGGCCCUUGAGAAACUGGUCUUACAGUUUGCAGCAGCCAGCCGUCAGACUGAAUGAAACUCCUCAGUCAGGAUCUGUGAGGAAUUCUUAUGAGAUUAUGGUUCCACGUAAUCUGGAGGAAACUUGAGGAAUUUAAGCUACAUGGCCAACAAUUGGGCCAAUUGAAUAUUGAUCGAAUCUCUCCCUGUGUAUUCUCUAGAUAGGGUAUUUACUAGAUAAGGUAUAAAGCUCUUAACAGACUUCGACUGAUUUCUAAUGACUUUACCAUGUAGUCAUACAAAUAUAAAUGUUCAACGAAGAAAAGAUUAGAAGACGAAUCUCUAGGCUCACAGGACCACGCACGUAAUAGAUUACGUUGAUAGUUGUACGAUUUCAUUGAUCUGAGCUAUUUCAUUAUUUUGAGCAGUUUUGUAAAAAGUUUUUUUUAAAACUUAUUAUAUUGCUUUACAAAAAGCAUUUGUAUCUGGAAUUUAAAUAAGUCUUUAAAAUGUGCAUA